AUGUGCUUUUGCACCACCGAACUGAUCCGACCCCGAUCCCGCGUCGAUGGCACGCAAGUCGGCGCGGAUGUGAAACACAACCGUGCAUGCCUCGUGUUAUCUCAGUUCCUAUUGGAACCUUCCAGCCUCCGCCUCUAUUGGUCUCGCCCUACCAUCUUGUUCCUAGUCGGCGGAGGCAUUCUUCCUGCAGGAGGGGAGGAGGAUGACUCAUAUCCUUAUCUGAGAUCGAGGGAGGUCGACCGACAGAGGUCGCAAACCCGAAAGGCUCAGAUGAAGCAGAGAGACGACGGCCUGACCCCUGAACAGCGCCGCGAGAGGGAUGCGAAAGCGCUGCAGGAGAAGGCAGCUAAGAAGGCUGCAGGAGCAGCGGCAGGAGGGGGAGGCGCCACCGACUCCAAAAACAAAGGCAACGCCAAGAAGUAGCAACCGGAGUUCGAUCAUUCGGUAAAAAAAAGACAUCUUUGGUUGAGUGUCAUACUGUCAUGUUGUAGUCUUAUCUGUUUUCUUCCUGAUGGUUCUCAUCUGUUGAUGUUGCAUGAACUAUGCAUGCUGAAUGGUCUGUUUUCUGUGCAACUUAGUUCUGAUCCUGAUGUAGCUACUGAUUGAUUUUGAGGGCGUGCACCUAAUAAAUGAAGAGAUGCUUUGCAUAAGCUUCUUAA